AUGUCGCUGCCCAAGAACGUCCUUUUCAACCAUGUAGGGAGAGUCUCUGUCGUCUGCCGUUCCCUUCAAACCACCUCUGCUCGGCCAGCCGGCCAUCAUUUGGAGUACUGGUGGGGUCCGGAAAAGGCGGCUGGACGUGUCCAAGUUGGUCAUGGAGUCAGUGGAGAACCGGUGAGUAAUUCUGAACACAUUUUGAGCGAUUUUUAGGUAACUUUGAUAUUGCAGUAGACAAAAAAUUUCGUUUUUCAUGAAAUUUCACGUUUUUAUCCAUAAAAAUGUGAUUUUUGGGGAUAAUCAAGGAUUUUAAUAAAGUAAAAGUUGUUUAUUUUAAAAACAAUUAUUUAUUUUUUAUGAUUUUAGAGCUAUUUCGACCGUCUCGACUACUGGUAUCCGGCGAUUCGUUUCCGCAAAGAGGAUAACGUAAUUGCUCCGCUCCGCGAAAAGGAGAAGGGUGAUUGGAAGAAUCUGAGUGCCGAGGAGAAGAAGCUCCUUUACCGCUACAGUUAUCGCCAGACCCUCGCUGAAUUCGAAGCCCCGAGCGGCUAUUGGAAAGUGUCGUUGGCCAUUGUUUUCUUUGUUAUCGGCUGCGCCACUUUGUAUGCCACUCUUCUGAAUCAUUAUGGUAAGUCUGGGAUGAAUUUGACUGCGGUUUUGGCGUUAAUAACGGGAUGCUUCAAAUUUUGGGAUUUUGCAUUCUGCAGACUGCGAAAGCCAAGUUAUACGAUAAAAAUUUUUGUAUGGGCGGAUAAGAAGAACGAUUGCGGUGAGCAAAGAGUGACAGUCACCAGAUUAUAUGAAAGAAGUCGUUGAUUUUUUUUAUUCUAAAAUUUACAAGUUAUACGAUGAAAUGUAUCUGACGAAACCUAAUGGUGGUGCAACCAGAAAAAAUAUGAUUUUUUGGCUCACUGCCAGUUGUUGUACCAGAAAAAUGCCUUUUUGGGCUUUUGAAGCGGUUUGGAUGACAUUACCAAGUUAUACGAUGAAACAUGCUCAACUUUUUGUUAAAAACUGCCAAAAUUACAAUUCAUCUUUAUAACAAAAAAAAAAUAUUUUUUCGCUGAAUUGGGAAAAUUAAUAUGUAAAUUUGUGUUUUCAGUAUACCCCAAGCUUCCUCCAACCUUCCAAAACGAGUUCAAGGAAGCCGAAAUCGAGAAGUUGCUGGUCCUUCGAAAGGGCGAAUUCCUCGGCGCUCCCAAAUACUUUGACUACGAGAACAACAAAUGGAAGUAA